GUCCCGUCUGCACGCGCAGACAGCAGGGAGCAGCUGCAGCAAGAGGACCUCUGGUAACAUUCACUGCAUUGCUGAGAGUGACAUAUUACCAUUUCAACUUUAACAAUUCUAGAAUAACAUUGUAUUAACGACAGCUAAAAUGGUUGAUCGCGAGCAACUGGUGCAGAAAGCCAGGCUGGCCGAACAGGCUGAAAGAUAUGAUGAUAUGGCAGCAGCCAUGAAAUCGGUGACAGAGUUGAACGAGGCCUUGUCCAAUGAGGAGAGGAACCUGCUCUCUGUGGCCUAUAAGAAUGUGGUAGGGGCGCGGCGCUCAUCCUGGCGUGUCAUCUCCAGCAUCGAGCAGAAGACCUCAGCAGACGGCAACGAGAAAAAGAUCGAGAUGGUGCGUGCGUACCGCGAGAAAAUCGAGAAGGAGCUGGAGACCGUGUGCCAGGACGUGCUGAACCUCCUGGACAACUUCCUGAUCAAGAACUGCAACGAGACGCAGCACGAGAGCAAGGUGUUUUACCUGAAGAUGAAGGGCGACUACUACCGCUACCUGGCCGAGGUGGCCACGGGCGAGAAGAGGGCCGGCGUGGUGGAGUCCUCUGAGAAGUCCUACAGCGAGGCCCAUGAGAUCAGCAAGGAGCACAUGCAGCCCACCCACCCUAUCCGCCUGGGUCUGGCCCUCAACUACUCCGUGUUCUACUACGAGAUCCAGAAUGCACCUGAGCAGGCCUGCCACUUGGCCAAGACCGCCUUCGAUGACGCCAUCGCUGAGCUGGACACCCUGAACGAAGACUCCUACAAAGACUCUACCCUCAUCAUGCAGCUGCUACGAGACAACUUGACACUCUGGACCAGCGACCAGCAGGAUGACGAGGGUGGUGAGACCAACAACUAGAGAGUCCCUAAAGAGACCCCUGUGUCCUGUUUCAGCCAAUACACACAACACCCCGCUCCCUCACAAAUCACAACAAAAUAUGAAACCAGAUCUUAGAAAUAAAUGAUUUGGCUGGUGGAACUUUGGCAACCACUUUUGCCGUUGAUGAUACUACCGCAGCUGCAGUUCUUAAUUUUUACACAAAUUUAAAAAGUUAAGAAAAAAUUGAAAGAGGAGUAGGAGGGGAGAUGAUUUUAGUUUUUAGUAUAGUUAAAAAAUAAAUAGUUGAACCCCUUCCUUCUUGAUUACCUCUGCGACAUUUGCCAAACCACUUAAAGAGGAAGAAGUUCUGUGUCUCAAACAGUCAGUCAGGAAGUAGAGUCUGGCUAUUGGGUUAGAAAUGACACCCUCACACUGGCAUAAAGACUGUUCUUAUGGCACUAAAAUGAAAUGGAGCUUCUUAUUUAACUGAUGUGGUGAGGGAGGAGGAGCAUUCAAAAUCGUAAGGGGAGAUAGAAGCUUGUGCAAAAAAAAWAACUUGAAUGUCAUCGCCUCGCAAAAAGAAAGAGUUGCAAAUAGGUUCCAGAGAGGGAGAAAUAGGUAUCGUACCUCUAGCUAACCACUUCAGACUUACCAACAUGGAAUCUAAAAGGUGUGCAUCACCCUGUAAUGGUAAUCGUUGUGUGAAAGCAGGUAUCCUCUGUGAUUAUUGAACAUACAUAACCAAUGUUUUGUUCCCAUGAUGUCAGGAAUGUGUUUGUACUCAGUCACAAACUAUAUUACUGUAACUAAAGUAGUAAAUACACAGCCAGUACAGCCCUCUAAUGCGCUGAUAUGCUAUACAUACAUAAACAUUUUCAAGCAUCUGGUUAUUAUUAUUAUUACUCUCCCCUUACCUAGGUUGUCAAGGGUGCCAUAUUAAUAGAAUAUCAAWCUAUGCUAAUACAAAGAAAAUCACUAAAACAACAAAAGCAAUUCUCUUGCAGAGGAGAUCAUUUGAUAUUGUAAGACAACAGAAUAUUUUGUCCUAAAUUACGGUAUAUUCAUAUAUACAACAAUCUUGGAUCAUGAAAUGGAUCCAUCUUGGAUCCAAUCUUGGAUCCAUGACACCGAGUUGACUGGAACCACAUACUCAGUGGACAAAAUACACAUUACCUGGGCUAUAUGGACACGCCUGGUGCCCAAAAUUGAUGACGUAUGUCACAGCUGUGAGUGGAGWCGAAUGGAUUCGGUACUGACAGUCAGUUCAGUCAGCCGUCCUGAUGAGCCCUUCCCAGCUAGCUAGUUUAUGCUGGCUGGCUGGCAACAACAGCAGCAUGGCACUAGUUAUAACUUGCAAAAUAAAGUGCUUUUUAUUUCCACGGACGAAAUAACUUGUAAUAUUGGUAGUUUCGUAACCAUCUGGAUGUCACCGUGAUACAGUCUUCUGUUCAAUGGGGAGAGUUUGCACUGCAAGCCGGCAACACAACAACAUGGGGCACAGUGUGUCCUUCACCCCACUUGCUGAGCACUGCUGCCCUGCUGUAAGGAGAGGAAAGUAGCUAGAUAGUUUAGCCAAUAUCAGGCCGGGUGACAGCUAAAGCACAGUUAUUGUAAUGAUUUUCACCAAAAGUAAAUUUUUUGUUGUUGAAAAAAGAACAAUUAUUUCCGUUAAAAACAGAAUGAUUCUGAACACUCCCAAGUCCCAGCUUCGGCAGACAAGUUAAAAAGUCUGGUUGAAGUUUCUAGCCACAAGCAUAAACUAGCUAGCUGGGAAAAGCUCAUUAGGACGCCUGGACUGAAAUGACUGGACCGAAUCCGUUUGUUCCCACUCAACUCUCGCUGCGUGACAGUUUUGGGCACAAGGAAUGUGUGUAUAGCCUCUCCCAAUCUAAAAGCAUAUUUGAGGUUUGUGGAUUUUCUUUUUGUGUUCACUUUUUUAAUUGUGAAGAAAUGCACUUGCCUAUUAAACUGUUUCUUCAGUGUAAGAUGAUAACUGCUCUAAUAUUCUCGAUAAUAUAAUAUUGUGCAUGCUGGUGAUGUAUUUAUAUACAGUAGCUUGACUUUAUUAUUAUUAACUUAUAAUGUGGAUGUUACGUAUUCAUAUGAACAUGAAAUGACUAGACUUCAAUCUGAUUUAUUUUCUAUUUAUACUUUAUAUUGGAUUGUUGACAUUUUAUUUGAAUCUGUGUUUCCCUUACUCCAUUUGCUGAAAGUACGCUAUGCCAAAACAAUGAUUGUUAACAAUAAAUUGAUCUGUAACGGACAUUGCUAUAGUGACAUGCAAUUCUUGUAUUUGUGCUUUUGCAUAACAAAAGACCGGAGGAUCCCAAACAAUUAUAAUAAAAGCMGAGAAAAAAAACCCA